AAAUGCAAUACUUAACAAACAUAUACAAAGCAAUCAGCUGAUAUGAAUUGGUGGUGGUUUAGGUCAAAGUCCUUUUAUUAUUAGAAAGAUAAAUGUUAUCAUUACUUUAGUAUUUAAGAAUUAAAGAAUCUAACUUACUAAAAAAUAGCCAUGUCGUUUUCAAAAUUAUCCAAGGUUAUAAAAGUGACUUCUAGAAAAUACAGUUCAAAACCUAAUUUAAAUGAAGUGGUUAUUAUUUCUGCAGCCCGUACCCCAAUGGGCUCAUUUCUUGGAUCUUUGGCUCCCUUAUCAGCAACUAAAUUGGGCUCCAUUGCAGUGCAAGGGGCAAUCGAAAGGGCUGGAAUUCCUAAAGAUGAAGUUAAGGAAGUUUUUAUGGGACAUGUGUGCCAAGGAGGAGCUGGACAGGCUCCGGCAAGGCAAGCAACAUUGUUUGCUGGAAUGCCCACAUCUACAAUAUGCACAACAGUGAAUAAGGUUUGUGCUUCUGGUAUGAAAGCUAUAAUGCUGGCUUCUCAAUCUUUACAAACUGGUGACCAAGAAGUGGUGUUAGCUGGAGGUAUGGAAUCCAUGUCGAAUGUGCCAUAUUACAUGAAAAGAGGCCAAACUCCAUAUGGAGGUGUAGCUUUGCAAGAUGGUAUUGUGGGAGACGGUUUGACGGAUGUAUACAACAAAUUUCACAUGGGCAACUGUGCAGAAAAUACAGCCAAAAAAAUGGGAAUUUCCAGACAACAACAAGAUGAAUUUGCUAUAAGCAGUUAUAAAAGAAGCGAGCAAGCAUACAAAAUAAAUGCUUUUGCUUCCGAGUUGAUUCCAGUAAAUAUUCCUCAAAAAAGGGGCCAACCCGACAAAAUCUUCACUAAGGAUGAGGAGUAUAAGAAAAUUAAUUUCGAUAAGUUCACUAAAUUAAACACAGUGUUCCAAAAAGAAAAUGGCACAGUAACAGCAGGUAACGCAUCCACCCUUAACGAUGGGGCAGCUGCUCUCAUUCUGACAACUCUCGAUGCAGCUAAAAGACUGAACGCAAAACCUUUGGCCCGUGUGGUAGGUUUUGCUGAUGGAGCUUGCGAACCCAUCGAUUUUCCCAUAGCCCCUGCUACUGCAAUACCAAAACUCCUUAAAUCCACAGGAGUGAAUAAAAACGAUGUAGCUUUGUGGGAAAUAAACGAAGCCUUCAGCGUUGUAGUUUUGGCCAAUCAACAGCUGUUGGACAUUGAUCCAGCUAAAGUAAACAUACAUGGGGGAGCUGUAAGUCUAGGACAUCCUAUCGGAAUGUCUGGAGCCAGAAUUGUUGUGCAUCUGGUGCAUGCACUGAAAGCUGGAGAAAAAGGUGUCGCCUCUAUAUGCAAUGGAGGUGGUGGGGCUUCUUCUAUAAUGAUAGAGAAACUUGAAGAAACCCUGCCAAAAGGUCAGCUACCAAAAUUGACUCUGUACACUAGAGACCCCUGUCCAUUGUGUGAUGAACUAAAGUUGGAACUUGAACUCUAUAAACACAGGUUUAAUUUUGAAACGGUAGAUAUUUCAAAAAAAGAGAAUCUCAGGUGGUUAAGGCUCUAUAGAUAUGAAAUACCUGUAUUGUUCUUAAAUGGAGAGUUUUUGUGUAAACACAGGCUUAAUGAAGGUUUGUUAAAAAUAAGGCUGGAAGAACUUGAAGAAAGGAAUUGAAUUUUUAAAGGGUUAUUUUUUUCACUAAUAUGCUUUAAGGCCUUUUUUAUCCUACUCUAAU